ACUUGGUGGGUGCAAGAAUAAUCAGGCUGCGCAAGCAGAUUCCAUCCAAAUCUUGAAUUGUACUUGCAGAGAUCGUACAAUACUACUUUGCGAGUCUUGCAUCUUGCGGCGCCCGGGAACUUGAGCUUAGAUGCAUCCUCGCAAUCCGUAUGGGACGGCGCCCGACUUCGUGUCUCUCGCAGAUGCCUAUCCUGCGUUAAAACCUCAUCUCAUCGCCACGGCUAGUGGGGUGUCAAUCGACUUCCGGGACGAGACUUCACAAAGACGACUCACAGAAGCCUUACUUCAUCGAGACUUCAGCCUGAUGAUUGACGUUCCGGAAGUUCGACUAUGCCCCCCUGUGCAGCAUAGGCUGAAUUAUAUUUUGUGGCUUCAAGACGUAGUCAACGCGACGUAUCUCACCGAACCCCCAAUUCAUCACAGAAGAGUCACAGGAGUCGACAUUGGAACAGGAGCGUCGGCAAUCUAUCCUCUCCUGGGAUGUCGUGUGGAUGCUCAGUGGAGUUUUGUUGCUACAGACGUCGAUGAAAAGUCGCUCCAGUACGCUCGGCUUAAUAUACAGAACAACAACCUCCAGGAUCGCGUCAGCCUUGUGCAAUCGGAUCCAAACGGACCUGUCCUCCAACAUGUCCUGGUCUUCGACUUUACUAUGUGUAAUCCCCCGUUCUACGGCAGCAAGGAAGACGUCAAACGAUCCGCCGAAGCCAAGGAAUACCAGCCCAACGCGGUUUGUACCGGUGCGGAUGUAGAGAUGAUUACCCCGGGUGGAGAAGGGGCAUUCGUCUGCAAGAUGGUCUCGGAAAGCCUAGAGCUCCGUUCUCGAUGUCGCUGGUACACUUCCAUGCUGGGCAAGCUGUCCUCUCUCACAGAAGUCGUUGCUCUGCUGCGCAAACACCAGAUUGACAACUACGCCAUAACUGAGUUUGUACAGGGGCAGACCCGGCGAUGGGCGAUCGCGUGGUCCUUUGGCGAUGUACACCUCCCAGACUCGAUAGCGCGGAUACCCAACCCGUCAGUCCACUCGCUCAUGCCCCCACAUAACACCGUUCAGCAAACGUACCCCCAAUCGACCUCACUCGAUCGCCUCUCAUCCGCCGUCACGUCGACGCUAGCUUCCAUCGAAGGCGUCUCAGUACAGCCACUGCCGCGUGACGACGGUGCUGAACAUACGUUUCCGGGCGCGGACACGUUGGUGACGGCAGCACGCGAUACGUGGUCCAGAACGGCGAGAAGACGCAAGAUGCGCGAGACAAGUAUGCAAGUGGACGAUGAACCCAGUAAUGCCCUCGUGUGUCGCGACGCGACAGUUGGCGCAAUACUACAGUGUCACUGGGCGAAGGGCCGUGACAGAGGGUUGUUCGAGAGCUUUGCAAGUCAUCUUGGUAGGAAAGUAUCGGCUGCACUGUAG